GUCAGGACCUCUCUAUCCGAUGAUUGAGAUUCUUCAGUCUUCACCACCACUCGCUUACCCUCUCUUUCCAAUUCCAUCCACUCCCUAUUAAGAUAGAUUCGGAUAGAGAGUGGAGUGUGGAAAUUAAUUAUUGACAAGUAAUCCCCUUCCUACCUCUUUGUUAGUUAUUCUUCUUCUUUCACUCUCUUUCAUCGCCCUCUCUUUAAUUACCCAUCAUCAUCAACAAUAAUGUCUCACCAUUGAAUAUUAUACGCCCUCCAGAAAACAAACCCAUCGCCAUUCUUCUUCUUGCACUCCUUUCUUUAACUUCUUGAAUACAGUAAUAAGUAUGAACAUGGCUUCAUCAUUCCCCUGUAUUUCCUGUUCUUGCACUGGAUUCCUCAGCCUGAUUCUUCUCUUCAUUUUCAAAGGUGCUUCAGCUGCUACAUUCACACUAGUUAACAAAUGCGAUUACAGUGUCUGGCCCGGAAUUCUUGGCAGCCCUAAACUAGACACUACAGGUUUUGAGCUCCCCAAGGGCAGCUCUCGCUCUUUUCAUGCGCCGACAGGUUGGUCUGGUCGUUUCUGGGGUAGAACUGGCUGCAAUUUUGACGCUUCCGGCCACGGCUCCUGCAUCACAGCCGACUGCGGCUCCUCCCAACUCGAAUGCAACGGCAACAGUGCUACUCCGCCUGCCACCUUAGCUGAAUUCACUCUCGGCACCGGCGCACAAGAUUUCUACGACGUUAGCCUCGUCGACGGCUAUAACUUGCAAAUGGUAGUUGAUGUGAAUGGAGGCUCUGGCGCUUGUGCGUCGACGGGAUGCGUGACGGACCUUAACAGGAAAUGCCCGAAUGAGCUCAAAGUUGAAGGUGGAGCAGCUUGCCGGAGCGCUUGCGAUGCGUUCGGGAACCCCGAGUACUGUUGCAGUGGCGCAUAUAAUACACCAUCAACCUGUAAACCUUCCACGUACUCAGAAAUGUUCAAAAGCGCGUGUCCGAAAUCAUACAGCUACGCGUUCGAUGAUGCUUCCAGUACUUUUACGUGUACUGGUGCUGACUACACCAUCACAUUCUGCCCUAAUUCGCCCAGUCUAAAAUCUGCAGGAGAUUCGUCACCAAAUGCAACAGAGACGGAAGGAGGAGGAGCAGUAGGAGGAGCAUCAACGGAGUCAGGGCCAGUACAAGAGGCAGAAUUGGAAAGUGCAUGGCUAGCAAGUUUGGCCACAGGAGAUUCAACAAGAAGCCACUCCUUUUCACUUGUGCAAUUUCUAUUUGUUUUGGUCACAUCUUUCAUUUCAUUCUUUGGUACAAUAAUAUUCAACUGUAGCUAGCUUCUCUCUCUCAUCAUAUGUCAAUUUUUCAAUGGGCUACACAAACUUUAGAUAGGGAAAGAAAGAUGGAAUCAAUAAUUAACAAUGGGUACCAAUCAAUCUAAAAUAUAUGUAAGCAAACCCAUUUUCAAAAUUAUGCAUAUUUAAUGUUCAACACAUGAUAUUAAUUGGUUUAGAAAUAGAAUUAAUGUAUUUCUCUUUUAUUUUGCUUCA